AACAAAAUUUAGGCCCUCUUAUGACAACAACCAGCUUUGUUUAUUUAUUUGUACUGUGUGUCUGUGUGAGAGAGAAAACACACAGAUAUGAAGAAACCCGGCGGAGCAGAGAAGAAGAAGGUGAAACGAUCCCCCUCUGGUGUCGCUAAUACCACUCCUCUCAGGAAACAAGGCGCGAAGAAGGACGUUUUCCAGCUAUUUGCCGAGAAAGUAAGAGACCAUAAAGGCUUGGUGUCUCGUUGGGCUGUCCUGCAGGAAACUCGGGUCGAGUAUUUCAGGGGAAAAGAUUUUGUCUCUUUUGUGAAAAAUCAUUCAGAACUCAAAGAUAUACUAGAGUCAGAUGGAAGUUUGGAGCCUGAAGAUAUUGCCAACACGCUGCUUAAAAAAAAUCUUUUAGUCCGCUGUGAUCGUGUGGUGAAAACUGUUCGGCCUGGGAAGAAAAAACUAUCUUCUUGGCCAGCACAUUUAGAGAUAUACCAUGACCAAGUAUUUUCUGAAAAUGACGCCUUUUUUGCAUGGACAUUUGUGAAAAGAAGACCCCUAUGGCAGACACUUCUCUCAUUUUUCUGGCCGGUGUUAACACUAGCAAUUUGCUUGUUUCCUGUUUAUCCCCAUUGGGCCAAAUUGCUUAUACUAUACACAUGUGCUGGUCUCCUCCUCCUGAUACUUUGUCUGCUAUUCAUAAGAGCUUUGAUCUUUGGAGCUAUUUGGGUACUUCUUGGGAAGCGUGUAUGGUUUUUCCCCAACAUUCUUGCUGAGGAAGCAACACUGCAAGAUUUGUUCCAGUUUUGGCCUCAGAAAGAUGAAGGCGAGCGACCCAAGUGGACAGCAAGGCUUUUCUAUGCAAUAGUAGCUGCGGUUGUUAUUUUAGUGUUGAAGCAUCAUGCUCCUGACGAGGCUGCAAGAGCCAGGUAUCACAAGCGAGUUUCCAACAUUAUCGAUGAUGUGCUUGAGUGGUCUCCUAGACAGGCUUUGUCAGGAAUGAUGGAAACCGUGGUCAAUGUGACAGACUCAAAUGAUAAUGCAACUGAUGAUAGCAAAGCUGGCAGUGAAAAAGUUGCUUUCACAGAUGACUUAGACGAAGUAGAGAGUGAAGAUGUUACUGGAAAUGUAGACGAUAGCGAUCAUCAACGACGUGACUUGUAAUUUAUAUAAAUGUUGAAACAUAUAUAUGCUUCAAAAAUUUUUCCUCUUCUUUUGUAUCAGGUUGUUUUAUCCUUUUUGUGUUAAUUCUCUUUUGUGGUCAAGUAUAUUGCAGAACUCUAUUUUGGGGCAACUUAACUACAAUUGCAAAAUUUGACCACCAAGGGCGAGUUCCCUACGUAAUAUUUUGAAGCUUGGUUUCAAGACUUCAAAUCUACAAUUGAUAGAAAGGCAUUCACAGUUUAUGUCUA